AUUUUCAGUGGCCAAGAACAAACACACUCACAAAAAUGGCUUCUUCUCUGCUUCUUCUCCGACCACCACCUCUGCCACCACACUCUUCCCCUUUCCUUCUUCGCAAUCUUCAUCAGAUUCCAUCUAAUUUCAAUCUCAGAAACCAACCUUUCACUUUCAAACCUUUAUUAUCUUUCGCAACAAACGCCCUCACAGAAUCAUCCGAUUCUCCGAAAUCCCUCGACCAACCUGACCCCCGAAUCCUCCUUCAAGAACUCGCUGAUAGUUUCAAUCUUCCGCCUGAUUACUUUUCGCAACUCCCUCGUGAUCUUCGUCUAGACCUCAAUGAUGCUGCCUUUGAUCUCUCGAAUGGACCAGUGAUGGAGCAGUGUGGAGAAGAGCUGGGAACGACGUUGUUAAACAUAUCUCGAGCAUGGGAGUCGGCUGAUACAUCGACUUCAACGGCUUUGGUCAACAAUCUUCCUUCGUUGGUCAACUCUCUAACUGGCAACCGCAAAUCAGCACUCGGCAAACGCUUGGCCUCGGCUGGAAGGAGGUUUCAAUCGAUGGGGCAAUAUGGUCAAGGUGAACUACAAAGGAUUUCUAAGGCCAUGAUUUCAACCGGGAAGCUUCUUUCUUCGACUUCUACAUCUGAAGCAACCAAUGAACAGCCAAAAGAUGAAACUCGGAUGUUCAAGUUUGGAGAGCUACAAGUAGAAUUAACACGAGAGAAAGCUUACAUCGGCGCGGUAAUUGGCUUCGUUUAUGGGAUUAUCUCAUGGGAGUUAAGUCAAGGCAUUCAGAAUACACCAGAGAGCUCAUUCCAGUUUGCAAAUGAAAAUGCUGCGAUGAUUGCGCAGUCUUUGCGUGGAGCUUUACUUAUUGUUUUCUACGGAUCUACCGUUUUAUCUGGCUUUGCUACCCUCGGGUUAGUCUUGCUUGCACAACAACUUAAAUCGGGAAAGAAGUGAAGCCGUACACGACAUUCUUCCCCCCCCCCCCCCCCCCGAAAUGGAAAUGUGUUACGGGCAUCGACUGUUUCGUGUUAUAAAGUUGUUAUUCAAAGUUUGUUAUUAUGAUAUGAGGAAUGUGAUGUUGUAUUUACAAUAAUACUGAUGCAUUUAGAGAUGGCAACAGGGUCGGGGACGUAACGGGACCCUAAUUCCAACCCCU